AUGCCCAAGCACACGCGGGCAUCCAGUUCGAGCCACCACCGCUACAUCAACUCCAUGCCUGUUUCUCUCGCUCCCGCGGCGAACCCUAUCGCCAUGUACAACCAGAGAAUGUCAAUGCCGCAGACCUACUACACGGUGCCCUCCUCUUCAGCCCCGAUGCAGCCCCAGCCCCAGCCCACCUACGAAAGCUACGCCCCGGUGGCCGCACCCCCGGUCUCGGUACCUCCUCUGCAGCACCGCGCCUCUUCCGGGGCCUGGACGCCGCAGGACGACCAACAACUUCUCUCGGCCCGUUCUCAGGGCCUGAACUGGGGUCAGAUCCAGAUGGCCUACUUCCCAAACAAGACCCCCAACGCCUGCAGAAAGCGCCACGAGCGUCUGAUGGAGCGCAAGGGUGCCGACGACUGGGACAACCGCAAGCUCGAACGCUUGGCCAAGGAGUACAUGAGCAUGCGCAAGGAGAUUUGGUCUGCUCUCGCAGCACGCACCGGAGAGAAGUGGAACGUUGUUGAGUCUAAGUGCAUGUCCAGCGGACUCAAGAAUCUUCAGAGUGCGGCCCGCGCCGGGGCCAGACGGGAGCGCCUGGAAUCGGGGCAACCACUACCACCAGGGUAUGACGAUGACAGCGGCAUCAGCGGCCUCGGGUUAACCCCAGUUGACGAGCUAGACGCGUCCUACAGUAGCCCGGAGAUGUCCUCCGGCCACUCCAGCGGCGGCAGCACCACCUCGGCCGCCGGUUACGUCACCUCCUUCUCCCAACAUCUCCAACCUCUCCAUGCCGGACAAUACGGCUACGGCCACGCGGGCGCCCAUCACGGAUACAACAGCUCUGUUUCCUCGAAUGCCUCGGUCAACGGCGGAUACCCAGGCCAGUCACCAUCUGUCUCACCCGGCCCACAAAUGUAUCAACACGGCCAGAGGUUGCCGAGCGUGGACAUGGGCAUCGACGCCAUCAUCAACCGUCCCGGCGGUGGCGGCCAACAUCCCAUGUGA